CCGCUGCCUUCGCGGCUGUCGCAGGAGAGACCGAGUCCCCGCCCCGCCACUUCCGGUCCCGCCGCCCGGAGCCGGUGCGGCUGUGAGGGGCCGCGUCUCGCCGCCGCCGCCCGGGCCGGGCAUGGUGUUGGGCGCCGGGCCCGCCUCGCCUGUCUCCGGGUGCCCAGGGGAAAGGUGGCAGCCAUGCUGACGCUGGCCAGCAAGCUGAAGCGGGACGACGGGCUCAGAGGGUCCCGGACGGCAGCCUCGGCGGCGGACUCCACGCGGAGGGUCUCCGUGAGAGACAAGCUGCUCGUGAAAGAGGUUGCAGAACUUGAAGCUAAUUUACCUUUUGUGAGGCUGAUGAUACCUGUCCGUGUGAGUGAAAUGCUUGCCGAGCCUCCUGAUUGGGUGAAUGCUACAGAGAACUCGGUUGUGAUUGGAGGCCACCUGACAUGGGGGAGGAGAGGCCCUGUCUCGUGGCCAGCUACCCUUGGGAAGAUAAUAGUGGGUUCCAGCCCUUACGUGGUUGCGGACUCUGUGGUGAGGGUACCUGUAAAGUGCAUUUCCCUGACCCAAACAAGCUGCACUGCUUCCAGCUCACUGUCACCCCAGCCUCCCCGAGUGAGAUGCUUGACUAGGAUGUGGCACCCUAACAUCACAGAGACAGGGGAGAUCUGUCUAAGUUUACUGAGAGAACAUUCGAUUGACGGCACGGGCUGGGCUCCCACAAGGACAUUAAAGGAUGUUGUCUGGGGAUUAAACUCUUUAUUUACUGACCUUCUGAACUUUGACGAUCCGCUGAAUAUCGAAGCAGCAGAGCAUCAUCUGCGGGACAAGGAGGACUUCCGGAAUAAAGUGGACGACUACAUCAAGCGCUACGCCAGAUGAUGAAGGGCCGCGUGCUACAGCCGUGCAGUUUGAUUCUGACGUAAAGCCGCCAGCCGCCCCUCCCCCGUCCUCACACUCCCUCUCAGGCCCCCUGGACUGCCCCCGUCCUGUGGCUAUGUGGUCCUGAGAAGACCAUCUUCAUGACUGCCCAUUGUAGAUGGAGAAUCCAACAUAAAUACAGCAAGAAAUGUGUUUGGGCUUCUAAA